AAAGACCGAUGGAACGUCCGCUGUUUGUGUGUUUUGCUCUCGGUCUGUCGCUGUCUGCUCCUUUCAGCGACACAUACGCGUACGCCAUCAGAAUCUCACCGCACGUCCUAGGUCCGUCGCUACCCAAUCGACCCUUCCUGCCCAUUUGGUUCGGAAAGUCGAGCCAAUGCUCGCAGCGAUGCGAUGUCAACCUCAGUCUUUCAUCGUAUGGCAUUGUGCACAACGCUAACGAAACGUGGUGGGGAGAGGUUAUUACAACAAUGGGUAAGAUCGGUCUCUAUCCAUUCUACGACCGCAAGUCGGGAACUCCGUUUCGCUCAUACAACGGCGGUAUACCACAGCUUGGCAACCUGUCUGCUCACUUGGAGCAGGUGAAGAUCGACAUCCGGGAUACAAUUCCGGACGGGAACUUUCGCGGGUUAGGAUUUAUUGACUGGGAGGAGUGGAAGCCGGUGUGGGAAAGAAACUGGGAUUCGCGCAAAAUUUACGUGGACAAAUCAAUAGAACUCGUGCAGCAGCAGCAUCCUGACUGGACACAGCAGGAAGUGGCAAAUGAAGCUAAACAACAAUUUGAGAGCUCUGCACGACUUUGGAUGGAAACGACACUCAAAUUGGUGACGUCACUCCGUCCAAAUGCAACGUGGGGUUACUAUGAGUUUCCCGAUUGCUUCAACGACAAAGGGUAUGAUGAUUAUCACUGCUCAUCGACAACUGUACAACGAAACAAUGAGAUUCAGUGGCUGUUUAACUCUAGCACUGUCCUCUACCCAUCCAUAUAUGUAUAUGAACGUUCUGCGAACUAUAGCCUCAAGUUUAAGUUUAACAUGUUGGAAGCAUUGCGUGUCGAUGGUAAACGCGACAUCGUGGCACCUAUUUAUCCAUUUGCUAAAUUUGAAUAUGGCGACCUCUCUGGCUAUGUCACACAUGCUGAUCUAGUGGAGACAGUCGGUCAAGCAGCCGAUCUUGGUAUGUCAGGCAUUGUCUUCUGGGGUGAUGCUAAUGAAGACAAGUCGUGCGAACUGUGUGUCAAACUGCAGCAGUAUGUCAAGACAACGUUGGGUCCUUAUGUAUUGAACGUAAGCCAACAAGCCGAGGAGUGUAGCUUACAUUAUUGCUCGGGAAACGGUCGUUGUUAUAUACAAUCAGACCAUUACUUUUCUAUAAUUGAUAAGUUGGGCAUCACCAGCUUUUUGGGAUCAACGUGGAAUGAAUACCCGAAUCAGUUUGAGUGCCAGUGUUACUUAGGAUGGUCUGGUUCAAGGUGUGGCACCAAGUCUCACAUUCCUAGUUACAAAUAGUAAAGCGACGUUACCAUAGCAGAGUGGCCAUUCCCACUGUCUGCAGACGCAUUACAUAUAAACAGGGAUGAGUAGUGUCACCACAGUCGCCAUUUUGGACACAACAGUUUGUCACUUUCUGGUCUUGUCUGCAAGGUUGUGUGAAGGACAGUAAUUUUUUAUGUACACAGAAUGUACAAGAAUGAUUUUGCCUAUUCUAGUUCGAUCAAGUAAACUUAGUGAGAAUUACGUGCUAAUUAAUCGCACAAACGAGUGGAAACCUGCGACAACGUGUCGACGUCACACCACAGGCACCGCCUACGUUUCCGGU